GGUUCGUGGCCGCCAUGUGGGUGCUGGGAAUCGAACCCAAGUCCUCUGUAAGAGUACUCAGUGCUCUUAACCACUGAGCCAUCUCUCCAGCCCCUGAAUAUUUUAAUGGCUAUGCCAGGAAGGAAGUGUCUGUUCACCCACUGAUACAUGAAGUCCACUGACCUUACUGAGCCGUGGUCCAAUGCUGCCUUUGUCCUCACUGGUCAGUGUGUUGCUCUCCCUCUUACACCAUCUGGCAUUCUGGGCCCCCACCCUUAGGGCCCCUCAUUCCUUUCCAAAGACACUAUAAGGAACCACCUAGCCCUGGUCAGCCUUCUAACACAGUUUCUUCUCUGUUAGGUUUCGUUGUCUUGGCCCCUGUGGAUGCUAACCUGUCUGCUUGUGCCAGGCUCUUCCUCUGUCUGAUAGUCACACUCUGUUGUCAUCAUUACUAAAGGAGUGGAGGGUUUCCUUGAAGUGGCUUUAUCGCAGAGGCCUUGUGGUUCACACCAUGGGAACCGUAGCCACAGCAUUGUGUCCUGCAGUAAACCCCUCUCUGGUCAGUGCAGCUUGAUCAGAAUUAGCUUCAUUACGUUGUGCUCCUGGUGUAGGUUAUGGCAUCUGCAGUGUGCUGGAGAUUUGCCCUCCACAGAGUCAUUCACAGGUUGCUCAUGGAGGCUGCUGGCCUCUCACCAGCCAGGCUCAUUCCAAAAGGACCUUGGACCUCAGCAGCAUACAUAGCAGGAGGCAGCCGUGGUCCUACCCUGCAAGUCGUUCAAGACUGACCCAGCCCUAUUGUCACAAUGAGGGCUGAGGCCGCAGGUGAGCACCAUGUCGGUUUUUCAUCAGGCGACCUCCAUCAGCCACAAAGCUGCUGCUGCUCAGCCAUGGAGGGGGAGGAGCGACCAGCUCAGGAGGCUGACAUGGAACCCGUGAUGACAUCAGGGACUUCGGAAGCAGUGCCAAGGGUGCUUUCUGGAGACUCUCAGAACCUCUCUGACGUGGACGCCCUCAACCUACUCCUGGAAAUGAAGCUGAAGCGACGGCGGGAGCGGCCCAACCUUCCACGCACCGUGACCCAACUGGUGGCAGAGGAUGGGAGCAGGGUGUAUGUGGUGGGGACCGCCCAUUUCAGUGAUGACAGCAAGCGGGACGUUGUGAAGACCAUCCGGGAGGUGCAGCCUGAUGUGGUGGUUGUGGAACUCUGCCAGUACCGUGUGUCCAUGCUGAAGAUGGAUGAGAGGACACUGCUACGAGAAGCCAAGGAGGUCAGCCUGGAGAAGCUGCAACAGGCCAUCAGGCAGAAUGGACUCAUGUCAGGGCUCAUGCAGAUGCUGCUGUUGAAGGUGUCCGCCCAUAUCACUGAGCAACUGGGCAUGGCCCCUGGUGGCGAGUUCAGGGAGGCCUUCAAGGAGGCCAGCAAGGUACCAUUCUGCAAGUUCCAUCUGGGUGACCGACCCAUCCCAGUCACCUUUAAAAGAGCCAUUGCUGCACUCUCCUUCUGGCAGAAGGUCAAGCUGGCCUGGGGUCUAUGCUUCCUAUCUGACCCAAUCAGCAAGGACGAUGUGGAGCGCUGCAAGCAGAAGGAUCUGUUAGAGCAGAUGAUGGCAGAGAUGAUUGGCGAGUUUCCAGACCUGCACCGCACCAUUGUCUCAGAGCGUGAUGUCUAUCUGACCUACAUGCUGCGGCAGGCUGCCCGACGUCUUGAACUGCCCCGCACCUCUGAUGCUGAGCCCAGGAAGUGUGUCCCAUCUGUGGUCGUGGGUGUUGUUGGCAUGGGUCAUGUGCCUGGCAUUGAGAAGAACUGGAGCACCGACCUCAACAUCCAGGAGAUCAUGACAGUCCCCCCACCAUCCAUCUCUGGCAGAGUGUCCCGGGUGGCCAUGAAGGCUGCCUUCUUUGGCCUGCUGGGCUACGGCCUGUACUGGAUGGGCCGCCGAACCGUGAGCCUAGUCCUAUCUCUACCUGCUGCGCAAUUCUGCCUCCAGAGGGUGAGCGAGGCCCAGCCAGGCCGGUAGGAGGUCCGUGCGAAGAAGUGACCACACCCAGGGGUUCUGCUCUCCUGCAUCACAGCUGGUACUCCCGAGGAGCUGGUACCACCUGCCUGGGGAUGUCCCUGGGUGCAGAUGCAUCCAAGCCACCCCCCCCCCAUGGGGGCCUAGGCCAACCCUUCUCUGCCUUCCCCAUCUCCUGCCCACCCAAAUAAAGAAUUAUUUAACUGUCUGAGCUCAGGCUUCCCAGCAGCUCCCCCACACACACUGCAGAGACCACCUAUGAGUUUCAGAGCUGUCCGCAGUGUGGGGACCCAGUGACCCAGUUCCAGGAGGGCCAGAGGCUGCAGAGAGACACUGAGGUGCCCCACCCCUCCAGCCCCAGGGUGGGCCUGGCAAAUUGCUGCUGUACCUACCUCACUGUGCCUUGUGCUCUGGCCGGCAGGAGCAUCUGGCCCAGAGUGCAUUUCACUGUGGGUUUGGGGCCGGCGAGUUUAGGAAGCUGGGGGUCCAUGCAGCUUCCUCCUGUGGAUGUGUGGGACCUUUGGCAUCCUGGACAUGCAUGUGGCAUUGCCAGCUGCAUCUCUGACUCCAGAGAGUGUGGUUUUGGCUUUUUUUUUUUUUUUUUUUUUUUUAAUGUCUGAAAGUUUUUUUACUCAGGUAAUUUUAAUGUCAAAGAAAAAACAAGCAAAUGUCAGGAAAUACAAGCCUUAAAUCCAGUGAGGACAAAGAAGAUUCUUUUUCUGUGUCUGUGCCCUGAGAGUGGGCAAAUUUAUGUCAAAGGGCCAGUCCUGCUGGACUUCUACAGCCUAAUGUGGGUUGGGCUGCCUCCAGUGUGAGCCUGCUUGCUGCCCUAGUUGCUCUUGGUGCUGGGAGGGACUUGACCUGAUUCCUGUGCAUUUGGUGGGCUGCCCAAACGGCACUGUGGGCUGCCGGCAUCCACUGUGGACCACAAACCCAGGGCCACGGUUGGCUUGUGUCACAUGGCUCUGCAUGUGGUGGUAGUUGCACAGUCUGGCAGGGCCAAGGCCACUCCGACUGUCCUUGUGUUGACUGUCAGAUCAGGUGAAACUGUGAGCUGGGCAGGGGCUGUGGAGCUAGUUGGGCUGUGUAUGUCUGUCUCACACUCGUUGACUCGUACCCUAGAAAGAGAAAUAAAUUUUAAUUUUGGAAGCUC